GACCCAUCUCACCCAUAAUUGCCCAAAAGAAACAAAAAGAAACCCACCCCCUCCUUCCUCACUCAACCACUUCGGCCAGCACCAAGGAAAAGGGGAGAAAGAUCUCUGCAAACUCAUCCUCCAUAGCCAAGAACCGAGCUCAAGGAGGAGUAGUCCAAAGAAGGUGUUUCAAGAGGAGAAAAGCUAGGAAAAAGUGAGAAAAGUUGAGGUAAUGGCCUUAUCAUAGCUUUUCCUUUAUUUUUCUUCUACCAUAUGAGAUAUAUAUCAUAUGAAGAACAUUGAGGAUUGUUCCACAUGAGUUAAGUGUAGAAUGAUGGGUUGGAAGGGGGUUCUAAGUCCAAAAACGGACUUUGGAGCCAAACCGACAAGUUCACCGGAAAAUAACCUUUUAGAGGUUAUUCGUAUUUGAUGAAAACGGUUAGAAACACAAGAGGGGGGGUGAAUUGUGUAUGUGGAACCGUGGCAGUUUUUCGCCCAGUUCUAGUGCGGGGUGAAGGGUAUUGCGAAAUAGUAAAGUGCACAAGGAUUUAACGAGGAAAAAUCCCUUGGCUCAAAGGGAUUAAAAAACCUCGACCUCCCUCGGAGGAAUUUUAACAACUUCACUAAAAAGCCUUUGAAUGAUUACAAGGGAAACUCUCCUAGUCUACCCUUGAGCCACCCCAACUCUAUCCUCUCUAGGAAGAGUUACGCUUCUCUACCUUGCGGGUAGAGAGCCUCUCAGCUUUACAACAAAGCCCUCACAACACACGUUACCCAACCCGAGGAAGCUACACUUAGCUAAUCCUCAAUAACCCAAUUACAAUAUAGGAAGAGAAUAAGAACUCUGUCUAGAACUCCGGGAGCAGUUUUAGGUGCCUUGAACUUUGUAUUUCUCUCGAGUAUCUCUCUUGAUAUUUUCUCGGUCAAGCACACCCCUUUCUCUUCAGCUUCUUCGAUUAUAUAUAGACUGCCUUAAAUCCGUUGGAGCAUCCUUCCUUUGAAUAGAUGAUCUUCUAAUUUUGGGACUUGCCUUGAUAUUUUGAAUUGUUUUCCUUCCAUAGAAAUUGCCAAAUCUGAGCUUUAAUAUAUAAGCCAGUCAACCAAAAUAUCAAGGUAAUAAAUCAUGCAUCAGAUCACGUGAGGUUAAUAAGGAUUCCAAGCUUUUUGAAUGAGCUAUGGUCAACUCUUUAAAAGUAGGUGCAAUCAAUAUUAAUUCAAACCAUAUCACGGAACAAGAACUGGGAGCGGUUCUGUCCGUUGUUCCACCUGCAUGGAACUUGAUUAAAGUACUUUGGAGCUUCGCCGGAGUUUCGCCGGAGUUGGUCAAAGUUCGCCGGAGUUGGUCAAAGUUUGCCGGAAUUAGUCAAAGUUCAAUCGGGAAGCGUAGAACGCGCUUAAGCUCGCUUAAGUUUCAGGUAGAACUUGAAGGUUGCUACCCUCGCCGUUGCUCCAAGAGAAUUCAGGAGAAGAAAACGUGGUUCGUGCUUCCUCCAUUCCUGUUUUAAACUCAUUUAAAUUAAUGUUCAUGGAUGUUAUCUUUUGAAUAACUAUUGAUGGCUUGUAAGCCCAUGUUACGCCAAUGUGGCUUGAACACUUGUAUUAAACGUUUCCGC